AUGCCUUCGAUUCUCAACGUUGCAAACAUGUGCUCGCACCUGCAGAAUGUCUCCAAGGCACGGCUGGGCAUUACUUCGGUCAAGAACACAAAGUACAACCUACGGCUUGCUCUUGCUAUGCACCGCUCCGGCUUCUUCUCCGCCGUCUACCGUGGAGGCAAGUCACCACCUACGAUGGAACAGAUGGUCUCCGAGCCCCCCGAGGUCCUCACUACUGCAAACGUCGCUCAGUCGAGGCUAUGGCUUUGCAUGAAGUAUUGGGACGGUCGACCCGUCCUGUCCAAGGCCACGACGGUCAGCACCCCUAGCCGCAUUAUGACAGCUACCAUCAAGGAGCUUGACAAGCUGGCACGGGGAAGACAAACCAAGGUCAGCGGCGGCGUCGUUCGGGGAUUGAACAUGGGCGAGUGCAUGUUCUUGGGCACAUCGAACGGGGUCCUCGAGGUGAGAGAGGCACUGGAUCGAAAAGUUGGAGGGAUCCUUAUCUGUCGCGUGUUAUGA